UGUACCUUCUGCAAUAAGGUGUUCCAGGGGACCCAAUACUACGCAUUGAAACACUUCACGCAGACGAACUAUUGCAAGAAGGUGUCUGACGAAGCGUUGUUCCCGAUAGCGCAAAAAUGCACACACCGCUUCGAUGGCGAUCAGGUGGAGAGGGUGUGAGGUUUGCACUGCGGCAUGGUCUCGAUGUUCCGCGGUCUGGUGCGAUGGGUGGCGAGGCGGAACGUCCUGCACACGGCGUGGGCGAGGGAGAGGAUGCCCAGCGUUCUGCAGAGGGAGAUGUUGCGAGAGAUGGGGAGGGUGCGGGUGCCGCGGAGGGGGACGAGGCGGACUUCGACGUGGAGGUUGGCAUGGCUGAGGGGGAGCGGACGUUGAGGGGAGAGGGGGCUAUGCCCGAGUUCGAUCCGCUGACUCGUCAGAGGACGGUGGACUGGGAGCGGAGCUACGGGAAGAAGCCCGUUGCUCUUCAGCAACCUGGUGGAGGACCUCUUCCCGUGCUUCCUUCCCAUAGUGAGAUCGCAAGCAUGCGAACUGUGGAGAUUCAUUGCCAGGAGUUGGCCGAGGAGCUGGAGGAGGUGAGGCAGUCAUUUUGGGUCAGUGGUGCCACCCUCCUCUCUGACGGGAGGAAGUCACGAGACGGGCGACCGAUCAUGAACUUCCUCACAGCUGGGUCUCGAGGGGUCGUCAUGUACACGACGAUCAACCGAGAGGGGGAGCCGGACGAUGCGGUGCACGUCCUGGAGAGAUGGGUCACCAUCUUUCACGGUUUCAGAUUCGGUGGCCCACGGCGGGUCAAUGCUAAAUGCACUGACUCCGCUUCUGCAUACGUGGGGGCUGAGAGGGCUUUGGCCUCGCCAUCUAUGCCCCCUGAGCUGAGGAGGAUCACUUGGCUCCCGUGCUGCGUCCAUGUUUGCAGCAAGUUGUUGUCAGAUAUUGGCACGAUCUGCACGUCUUUCGUGGACACGAUCACGAGUGCCCGAGUUCUGGUGGUGUUUUUCAAAACCCACCAGGCCGCUCUCAGCUUCUUUCGUGUGCGCAACGGGGCACUGGGUCUCGUUCUUUCAUGCACGACGCAAUUUUCAUCCGUGUACUCCAUGUUGGAGAGGCUGCUAGCUCUGAAGGAUCGUUUGCAGAGCAUGAUGACAGCGGUGGACGAGAGGGUUUGGGCUUGGAUCCGCACGCAUACAACACAUGAUGGAGCCUGCACACUGCGCGACGUUCUUACUGAACCCCCGCUGCCGAGAUGUUCAGUACUUCUCCGCGAACUUGACCAGUACCACACUUGGGUUUUUCGACAAGCCAAGAGGUAUCUGUUGUCUCAGACGGGCUUCGACGAGGGGGGUGCUCGUUACCUUGAGAUAUGUCGGCAGUUCGAGGACUUCCACCUGCAGCAGGGUAGGUAUGGGACAUGGGGUGGGGCAGAGGGCCGCGCUCGAGCCCGUAGUUGCAGCGGGGAUUGCGAGAUGUUGGAGUGUGCGUCGUGGUGGUCUCAGUAUGGGGGAGACGCACCCGAUUUACAGUAUUGCGCCCUUCAUGUAAUGCACAUGUGGUCCUGCGCCUCUCCUGCGGAGAGGAACUGGGCGGUCCACAAGGGCAUUCACACUAAGAAGUGCAAUCAGUUGGCCUUCGAGAAGGUCGUUCAUCUUGUCGAGAUCAUCGCAAAUGUGCGAUUGAUGGAGUACAGAUGUGCAGGUUGUGGAUACGUCCUCCCUUGGCAGCGAGACGAGGGUAUGCUUAAUGCUCAGGCGGGGUUGGAGGUCGACCCUGUACGUUCGGGGACGAGGAGUGGGAUUGCAGAGGAGGAGAUCGAGGAGCAGGCUGCCCUCAUUUCGUGCGAUCCCAUCGGGUCCUCUGCGCCGCCCUCGGUUGAGUCUGUUUUCGGUGCUCGUGCCACCAUCUUUCGUCCGUACCCCAGGGAGGACGAGUUCGGGGAUAAGAAGAAGACGGAAGCCGCGGACGACCCCGCGCUUCCCAUCCCACCCCGUGAACGGGGGGGCGACUUGGAGGAGGUGGGUGUUGAUAGCGGGGCGCCACUGAUGGAGGAGAGGGUGCGACGAGCGGAGGAGCAUGAGGCCGCGGGAGCGGGCGAAGUUGAGGGUAUUCGGGGUAUCGCGGAGGAGGCUGCUGGAGCAGUGGAGAUGAGGUUGUCGUCCACGCUCGAGGAGAGAGCAAGGGGGGCCGACAGAACGCAGGUAGACGUAGAUGAUGGUGCACAGGUCGAGACAGAGGAGGCCGUGGCGAGGGUCCAUGAUGGUGAGCAGGUUGAGAGAGUGGAGGCCGUGGCAGGGGUACACGAAGGUGAUGCACAGGUUGAGAUGGAGGAGGACGUGGUCACAGUGCACACUGCACGACGACAGCCAGGUUUGGUCGGGGUUGACACCGGGAGGGGUGCGAUGAGGGAGGUCAUGGCGGUAGUAUCUCAGUCGAGACAUGUUCGUGGGGGUGGAGAGGUUGGAUCUACCUUUGCGGCCGCUUUGGCAGCAGCCGCACAUGCAGUGCGUGACCAGAUUCCGCGCAGGAGCGGAGCAGCUCGUCCUCGUCCCAUGCCUGCAACGGGGGGUGCCGCAUUGGGGGAGUCUUCUGGAGCCGAGGGGUUGGGGAUGCCACGAGGUUCGCAUCGUGAGAGGACAGUCGCAGAGGUGAUGCAGGUGAGUGCCAGGCUUGUUCAGGUGAGGACGGGGACUGACCCUGUGACCGUGGUGGAGGAUGAUCCGGAGAUGGAGCCGGCGAUUGAGGAGGUCCCAGAGGAGGAUGACGAGUACAGGGACGACGAGGACAGUGUGGAGGAGGAGAGUGACAGGGGGGAUGACGAAAGCUACGACGACGACGACGAGCCCUCCCCUCCACCGCGGCGUGGCUCUGGUAGACGAUGUGGCUAGUAGACGCCGCGAUGACGUUGACGACUCGU